AUGGCCCAAACUCCAGGUUUGUUGCCGAAUGCUGUUCGAAACGCUCCCGACGAUUCAUGCCGUGCGCCCAUCACGACAGAUGCACUACAGGCAAUGCCUGAUAAUUCGAUAACAUCCCUAAGAACUACAACCAUCGAAGACCCCAUGGGUAGUACCAAGGUAACCAUUAACGUUACGGGUACCGACGACAUGACUACCAACAACAUGAGUAUCAGCGACAUGAGUACCAACGUCGAACUCAUCCGCGACAGGGUUACUCAGCACCUGGCACAGCACCCACAUACCAACAUCCACAAAGUUCACGCUGAGUACAUGACAACAGUGGAGCGCAUCCGAACCCUACAGAAACUGCAGGAAGUUAACAAUCGCGAGAUUGAAAAUUACUCUCCUGAGACUGGGGAUAUCUAUUCGAGGCGCAAGUUGAGGGUUACACAAGCAAAGCUAAGAGUAAGCCUCAAGGCUGAAAAGGAACGAAGUCGUGUAUUGAGCGAGAAGAUAGAGACAGAGAAGCAGCUACGCAGUAUUUUGGUAGCUUCUCGGGAAAUUUGGAAUGCCCUGGUUCGCAAUGAGAACGAUUCAGUCCGUUGGUAG